AUGUCCCUAAAGCAAAAUCCAAAUGGGCUUGAAACCCAUGAAAAAACACCUCAACAGGUACCAAGUUACCACACAGGUAACUACGAAGUGAACUACAUUGCCGUGGGUGUCCUUUGUAUACCGUUGGUCUUAACCAUUGGUGCAGCUCUGAUGGGGGUUCCGUUGCAGUGGAAAACUUUAUGUGUUGCCUUUUUCUUUUACAUUUUUAACGGCAUGCUUGGAAUCACAGUUGGUUAUCAUCGCCUCUUUUCCCAUCGCUCUUAUACAGCGUCCCGCUUUUGGGAGUGUUUGUGUGCUUUUGCAGGGGCUGGUGCUUUUGAGGGCUCUAUCAAAUGGUGGGGCCGGAACCAUCGCAUUCACCACCGUUAUGUGGAUACUGACAAGGAUCCUUACAAUGCGAAGCGGGGAUUUAUCUUCUCCCAUUUUGGCUGGAUGGUUAUGAAGCAGAACUACUCUCUUCUGGGGAAGGUUGAUAUAACGGACUAUAAGUACAACAAAGUGGUCCAGUUCCAGCAUAGACAUUUCUUCCCAUUAGCUGUUAUCUCUGGAAUAAUUUUGCCGACAUUGAUCUGUGGUUUGGGCUGGGGCGAUUGGCUGGGUGGCUACUUUUACGCCUCUCUCGCUAAGAUCGCCUUUGUUCAUCACAACACCUUCUUCAUCAACAGUUUGGCUCAUACCAACCUUUUCGGUGCCAAGCAGAACUUUUCUGACCUUCACAGUUCUCAUGAUUCGGCUCUUUGUGCACUUGUGACAUUUGGUGAAGGCUACCACAACUUUCAUCACGAAUUUGCGAAUGAUUACCGCAACGGUAUUCGAUGGUAUCAUUUUGAUCCAACUAAAUGGACUAUUUGGCUGGGUUCUCGUCUGGGCCUAGUUAAAAACCUUGUGUACACUCCAGAGGAUGUCAUUGAGAGAAACCGUAACAUGAUGCUUAAGAAGAGGGCUGAGGCGAAAAUGAAUAAGCAGAGCUCGUAA